AUGGGUCUGCUAUCCCUCGGCACGCCGCUCUCAUGGCCCGACACCAAGCCGCUGGCAGAGCACGUGCGAGAGCAUGGCAUCACGCAGUUUCUCCAUCUGUGGGAGCAGAUCAAGGAUAGGAGGGGUGAUGGCUUGCUGUGGGGCGACGAGAUCGAAUACAUUGUCGUCUCUUUCGACGACGAGCAAGCGGAUGCCCGAUUGUCCCUGAGACAAGCAGAGAUCCUCAAAGUGCUGGCUGAAUCCCAUGCCGACGCUGCCAACAAGCUGCCCGGGGACGCAGCAGCAGGUGGACACGUGCCGACCUUUCAUCCCGAAUACGGACGCUUCAUGCUCGAGAGCACGCCUGGAGCUCCUUAUGGCGUCACACCCCGGGAUUUGAGGACCGUCGAGGCCAACAUGCGGCUGAGGCGUCGCAUCGCCAGGUCCCACUUGCUCCCUCACGAGCUUCCUGUUACGCUCACGUCCUUUCCCAGGCUGGGUGUGACGGACAGGCCCUUCACAGACCCGCCUCUGGAAGCGAACGGAUCGGCCAGUCGUAGCCUCUUCUUGCCCGAUGAAGUCAUCAAUCCUCAUGCGCGUUUCCCGACCUUGACAGCAAACAUCAGACAGAGGAGAGGUGCAAAGGUUGCCAUCAACAUGCCCAUCUUUCACGAUGAGCUCACUCCCCGACCCUUUGUCGAUCCGAGCAUCCCAUGGGACAGACAGCUGUUUCCAGAGGACAAGGAAGCAAGGGCGGGCGCAGCGCUGCCCGAUCACAUAUACAUGGAUGCAAUGGGGUUCGGCAUGGGCUGCUGUUGCUUGCAAGUCACAUUCCAAGCUUGUAGCGUGCAAGAAGCUCGGACAGUGUACGACCAACUCGUCCCCGUCGGACCACUGUUACUGGCCUUGACGGCUGCCAGUCCUGCAUACAGAGGAUACCUAGCAAAUGUCGAUUGUCGAUGGAACGUCAUCUCCGCCGCAGUGGAUGACCGCACGAGAGAAGAGCGAGGGCUGGAGCCACUGAAGGAAAGCAGAAUGCUGAUGCAGAAGAGUAGGUGAGUCCUGAAAUCGAGGUGCGCUCCAGCGCUGGCUGCCAAAGGCACAUGAGUGCAUUGCAUUUAGCGCUCCUCUUGCCCUUCUACGAUGUAGAUACGACUCAGUGGACAGCUACAUCUCGCAAGAUCCUGCCAAUCGGCCAGAGUACAAUGACAAUCCUUUGCCAGUCGAUGAGAAGGUCAAGACUCGUCUCGAAAAGGCCGGCAUCGACCCUCUCCUCGCUACGCAUCUGGCCCAUCUGUUCAUUCGAGACCCCCUCGUCAUCUUCAGCGAGAUGGUCGAUCUUGACGAUCAUCAGUCCAUGGAUCAUUUUGAAAACAUUCAAUCCACAAAUUGGCAGACGAUGAGAUUCAAGCCUCCGCCACCUGGUGGUCAGAUUGGAUGGAGAGUAGAAUUCAGAUCCAUGGAGGUGCAAGUGACCGAUUUUGAGAAUGCAGCUUUCAGCAUUUUCAUCGUGCUCCUUACCCGAGCCAUAUUGAGCUUCCACCUCAACUUCUAUAUGCCUAUCAGCAAGGUGGAUGUGAACAUGAAGCGCGCCCACAUUCGGGACGCUGUCAAUACGCAAAAGUUCUACUUCCGAAAAGAGGUAUUCAGGUCAAAGCCGAGACAUCAUGCGCGGGACUCUUCGGUAAGCGGUAGAGGUGGUAGAGGGACGCCAAGAGGAAGCAGAGCACCAAGUCCAAACAGAGGCGCCACUUCGUCGGCCAACGGAGCAGCGGCGUCGAAUGGCGUCAAGAGUCCCUUCCCACGGACCUCCACUUCCUCUCGCGCUGCAAGUCCUGAGCCUACUCCGGUCGAAGAAGAGUACGAUGAAUUUACGCUCAAUGAGCUCAUGAAUGGAAAGGUGAGCCACACUUCAAGGUGCGUAUCUCAACCCGCAAUCUGAUUGAUGUUAUUCCUUCUUCGCUGCGGCGUCCACAUUACCUGGGCAAAAUUGUUCACAGGACGGCUCCUUCCCGGGUCUGAUCACGCUGGUUUACAAUUACCUCGACUCGCUCACAAUGGACGUCGAGACCCGGUGCGAACUAGGCAUCUAUCUUGACCUGGUAUCGAAGCGAGCCAGCGGAGAGCUUAUCACUGCAGCAACGUGGAUCAGAAAUUUUGUGAGGACGCAUCCCGAGUACAAGAAAGACUCUGUUGUUAGCGCCAAGGUCAACUACGAUGUGAGUGGCUCGUCUCGGGCAGUGGAGGCUCAAUGAUGCUUUACGAGCAUGGGCCUUGAUUCGUGAAUGAGCUGACGCACUGUCGCCUGUCCGGAUGCCCCAGAUGAUAAAGCAAUUGAACGCAAUCGAGCGAGGCGAAGUGGAUGCGCCUGGCUUCUUGCCAAAAGGCUUUGCGCAGAGAAGAAAAGCGCAGAAAGAUGCCUGA